AUGAUUGUUGUUGGUAUGAGAUUUUCAUUGCUCAUUGAUGAUGUGUUGCACAUACAAAACGUGACUGAACAAGACAGCGGGCACUAUGAAUGCACUGCUACCGUAACAUUUUCAUUAUUUGGCGGUGUUCAAAACAGAAUAGUGCCAUGGAGUGUUACUGUAUACAGAAUCUAUCAAUGUAUCGCUAGAAAUGAGUAUGGCAGCAAACAAUCAUCACUCUACGCAACAGUAUCAGGUGUUGUUCCAACUGUUUCUGCUACAAGUCGCUCACCGACAACGGCACCUACAUUGCCAUCAAUGCCACAGUCUACUGACUACGUGACUACAUUACAGUCAACUCCUCGAGCGUCAAGUACGUCAACUAGUUCCUCAUAUUCGUCUCAACCUACGAAUGCAACAUCUCAUAAUGUGCAAUCUACUUCUGGAACGAAGUCUCCUAGAGUUACUAGUGCUCCAGUUACCGUCACACAAGCUAAAUUGUCCGAUACAGUCAGUUUCAAGGUUGCAACUGCAGUAGUAGCAGCAGUGGUCUUCAUAUUGUUCCUCGUCAUCGUAGCUUUGCUCAUAUAUAUUCAGAGAAAGCAUCAAAGAGAUAACAGCCAAGAUGCCAUGGUUAUGAAUGGUGCUUACAAUGUUGUGUCAGACAAGCCCAGAGACAAUGCAGAACAAAUGGAAGACGCAAAUUAUGUAGAAGUUAGAGCUUCAUCAUUCUUGAAUAAUACCAUGCACAAUUAA